AUGGACCCUUCCAGCACCUCUAACGGAGUCAGCGCUCCGCCUGUUCUGAACUGGGGCCAUAAGUAUCGAGGUGCAACGGUUGCGGACCUCGAGUUACCACCAGCGCUGUCCACUUCUCCACAUGCCUCAAUUUCAUCCGCCUUGUUGUCUGCCUACGAACACGAUUAUACCCAUCUUACGGUUGUUUCUGAAGAAAACAGAGCCCUUCUGGGAUACCUCAGUAUACCACGACUGAAGGAAUUGCUCAAACAACGUAUCACUACCGAAGAUGACCCCGUGGAGAAAGCCAUGAUGAAGUUUAGGCGCAAAGGGAAGAAAUACACUGUCAUUACAACAGAGACAGAAUUAGAAGAGCUAGAGGCGUUCUUCAACGGUGGCCCAGACGGAAAGAGUCCUCAGGAUUUCGCUGUUGUCACUGAUGGUGGUCGUAAGUUUGUCUUGGGAGUGGUGACGAGAUCUGAUCUCGAGGAGUUCGUGAAGAGACGACCCGGAUGA